GAGCUCGAUUGAUAUUCAUCUUCAUUAGUGAAUCAUGCAGUCAAGAAAAAUAGAAUAUACAUUCUACCAUUGGUGAAAGUAUUAAAUAUUUGUAGGUAUUUGAUAAUAACAAUUCGCGGUUAUCGUUCAUUCGGCACCUCGUACUGAAUGCAAAUUACACCUUAUUAUGCGGGAUCUGAUAAUGUCACUCCAUAAUUAGGAAAAAAAUGUGAAAUAUGUCUUGACUUAAAGCACGAAUAUAUUUUUGACUUUUUGAAUAGUAGUGAAUCAUAAUAAUGCAAACUGAAGUAGAUGUGUUUACAUGCUUCCCUGUACAUGAAAUGUAUCAUUUGAGAAAUUAAGAGAGAAAAGUAGAAUAUACAAUGUUUGUAUUCCAAAAGAAAAUUCAUGUAUUUUAAGAAUCAUUUUAGGCUACAUUAACUCAUUCACACAGAUAUAAUACAAGAUUAAAAUCAAGUUAAUUUAGCAAAUGCUACGUAAACAAAACGCGAACGUCUUUCACAAAUCGUAUUUACUCUUACAAUUCUUCAUUCACAAUGUCUCAUCCCAUAAUUGACUUUGAGAGCUCCAGGCAAAAGGAAAAGAAAAGACAACUGGAAAGAGAAGCUAGAAAUUAUAUUCUUGAGAAGGCCAAGAAUGAGUAUGAGGUCAGGAAAGUGAGGGAAGAGGUAGCCCGCCAGAGAGGGGAACACACAUGGAUGCUCUCAUCUGUGGAGGCGAACCUUGAUAGUUCCAAGAAGAAAAAGAAGAAAAAGGAAAAAAAGAAGAAGAAAAAGAAACAGAAGAAAUCGAAGAAGAGCAAGAAACAUGACACGUCAUCCUCAAGCAGUAGCAGUGAAGAUGAAGGGGCAUGGGUUGAAAAAUCUACUCCCACAGCUUCUCUCACCUCGUCGGUUAAGCAAGCCACAGAACAGGAAUUGUCAGCGGCUCAGGGAAAGAGGGAUGGCUGGAUGGAGGUACAGUUUACUCAUGGAAUUUACUCACCAGUUGUUUUAUUGAAGGAGGAUCAAACAUAGAGGCAUUUUUUUGUCCACCGAUUUCAUAGUUUUCAUAGG